ACAUAUAUUCACUCACACUCUCUCCUUCCUUCAAUUCUUCUCACACAGCAAUGCAUGCACACGUGCUCGUCUUCCCAUUCCCUGCGCAGGGCCACAUGAUACCGCUCCUGGACUUCACCGCUCAAAUCGCCGCCGCCGGCCUCUCCGUCACCGUCGUCGUCACCCCGAAAAACCUCCCCUCGCUCGACCGCGUCCUCGCCGCCCACCCCGCCUCCAUCACCGCCCUCGUCCUCCCCUUCCCGCCGCACCCCGCCCUCCCCGCCGCCGCCGAGAAUCUCUCCCAGCUCCCCCCCGACGCCUUCCGCUUCGUGCUGCGCGCACUCGGCGACCUCCGCGAUCCUCUCCUCCGCUGGUUCCGCAGCCACCCCUCGCCGCCCGCCGCCAUCAUCUCCGACCUCUUCCUCGGCUGGACCCACCACCUCGCCCGCCAGCUCGGCAUCCGCCGCUACGUUUUCUGCCCCUGCGGCGCCCUCGCCGCCUCCAUCAUCAACUCCCUCUGGUGCGAGAUGCCGACGAGGAGAAACCGCCACGACGAUGACGAAGCGACGGAAUUCCCGAGGAUUCCGAAUUCACCAUUUUACCCCUGGUGGCAGCUCAGCCCUCUUUACCGGAGCUACGCGGAGGGAGACCCAGUUUUGGAAUUCAUCAAGGAUUCGUUCCGAGCUAAUGCAUUAAGUGAUGGGCUGAUUUUGAACACGUUUUUAGAAUUGGAGGGCGUUUACUUGGAUUACUUGGCGAAGGAAUUGGGCCAUGAUCGGAUAUGGCCCAUUGGGCCGCUCUUGCCUCCUAUCGAGAUUGGGCCUGUCGAUCGGGGCGGGUCGAGUACCGUAUCCAUUUCACAAAUAUCCACGUGGCUCGACACGUGUCAGGACGGCACAGUGGUGUAUGUAUGUUUUGGAAGCCAAACAAUAUUGAGUAACAAGCAAUUGGAAGAGUUGAGCUUAGGGUUGGAGAAAAGUGGUGUCAAAUUCAUACUCGUGGUGAAGGAUGUGAUGCCUAGUCACAACGAAAGUGAUGAUUACGGAAUGAUUCCAACAGAAUUCGAGAAUCGUGUCGUCGGGAGAGGAGUCGUGAUUAGGGGGUGGGCCCCACAGGUCGCGAUACUGAGGCACAGAGCCGUGUGCGCGUUUCUGACGCACUGCGGCUGGAAUUCGACCCUCGAAAGCAUUGCUGCCGGGGUGCCGAUGAUGGCGUGGCCCAUGGGAGCGGAUCAAUUUGCAAAUGCGACUUUAAUAGAGAACGAGCUUGGAAUCGCGGUCCGGGUGUACGACGGCGACGAAGCCGCGGUUGAUUCUAACGACGUAGCGCGACAUUUAGUCGAGGCGACGACGUCGGAGAAGUGGAUGGAGAGGAGAGCUCGUGCCAUGGCAUUGGGCAAGGCUGCACGAGAUGCUACCGCUAGAGGUGGAAGUUCAUUCAACAAUUUAGAUCAUUUUGUGAGCUAUUUAUCAAAAUUACAUCAAUAAAUAAAUAAAUCUACAAAUAUUCUCUAUUUUUAAUACUCCCUCGGUCCCACUGUACCUGAGACUCUUUCUAUUUUGGGCGUCCCACUGUAAGUGAGACUCUUUCCUUUUUGGAUAAAAGUUUUUCCCAUCUUUUAACUUUUUCACCUACACACAAAAUACACCUUUCUUAAUUUCCGUGCCCCAAAAAAAGGUCUCACUUACAGUGAGACGGAGGGAGUAGGUAAAUAGUAAAUUCUCAGCGGGUAAAAGACACGAGAAACGAAGCACAGAAAAAAGGGGACAGAUGGAAAGAUAAGGUAUAGAAAUGUCUCUUUCUCGUUCAGCCUCUGCCCCAUUUCUUCCCAUUGAUUUUUCCUUUUCAAAUAAGCGACGACACACCAUUUUUGGCUCGUGAUGUUCAGAUACGGCACCGAAGAAGAAGAUUUUGCAAGCUUUAAUAAUUUAAAGGUGACGUCAUAAUUGUUAUUCAAACAUCACACGAUUAAUAUUUGAACUAAAUUGUUUUCUUUGGUACUAGAGUUGGCGUAUAACUUAAAUAUUUCCUUUUACCAAUUUGAUUGUAUACAAAUUUUUCCAUUUCAUAUAUGAUGUUUACGAUCUCAACUCCUCUUUGGUGUUUCUGAAAUGAAGUCUUUUUUUCCAACUCUCACUUAUUAUCCAACUCUCAAUUAUUAAUUGAAAAAGAAAUUGCAAUUAAAAUAUCAUUUUCAUAUUAUGAUUUCUUUAUUUCAAAAAGGCAGUGAAAAUCUAAAGAUAGCAUUUAAUAUUCUGCACAAGGGGGGAAAGGAACACAGAUUAAUAUGAAAACAUCAUCUUCAUACACACAUACAUAGAUUUAAACUCUGGAUUUGAUCCUAUUUCCCAAAGAUGGAUUUAAUCCACCAAAGGCCUUUAGUAUCCUUGGGCGAAGUGUCAGCUUCAGGCGGAGAAUCAGAGUGAGGCGUUUUGUGGAGCUUGCUCACAUCGUAGCCUUGUUCUUUAGCCUUCUCCACCAGCCGAUUGUAUACAUCUUCAUCAAUAUGAGCUUGCCUGCUCAGAAUCUGCACAAAAUUUGAUCUCAUUUGUUGAAUCUCGUCCUUUUCAAUUGAAUCAUAAAUCAAGCAAUUAUGAGGAUAUACAUACCCAUAAAUAGCUCCUAGAGGGCUGGCCAAUGACAGCAUACUGAUAUUCAUCAUCAAUGUAGAGCACCCAAUAAUCGCCGGUAAUAGGAAUGAUAGGCAGGAAAGGGGGCACAUAGAAUUUGACUUUGAGCUUCGCCUCGUCGCUCUUGGGAUCGGCUUUGUACGCAGUUCCUUCGAUGGAACCCCUCUUCCCAUCGCUCCACGUCUCGUUCAGCACGUUCACCGUGCCGUCGGGAUUGAGAGUGUAGGUGGCGCGUGUGUCGACGCCGCUCUUCGGCUGGAAUCUCGACGGGAAGGAAGCGAUCUCGUACCAUGUCCCCAUGUAUCUCUCGACGUCCAAAUUCCUCACUACUUCCAUCUCUUUCGUCGCCAUUGCUUCUCUCUCUUUUUCUGAUAUUUCUUUGCUCUGU